GAGUGAAGUUGAGAGAAACAUAUUCGAAGAGACAGUGUGAGCGAUAGAAUGAGUGAGUGAGGUAAAGGAAGAGUUGCAUAGAAAAUCAUAUUUGUCAUUUAUAGGCUACCUUUCUCCGUUUAGCAUAGCAUGUUUGCAUGUAAAUGUCGAGUAGUCUAGCGAUUCAGUUAUUUUAUAUGGUGAGAAUGCUGACGGAGAUUUUCAUAUCAACAGUAGGUUCAUAAUAUAAUCAUGAAAGAUUAUUCAGUUCUUUCAUUUUUAAGGACAUUUGAAAUAUUCGAUAUUCGUGAUAUCAAUUCAUUGAUCCAUGGACUGACGGAGAUAAAGACUGAUUGAUUUUACAACGGCGAAUUGAGGGAAGGAAUCAUCGAGCACAGAGGGAAGGAAGGGAACCAGUGAAUUAUUUGGGAGAAAUCAAAGCGCUCCGUCUCCUGUGAGGACCUGUCGCUGGUCUCGCACCUAGAAGAAGGGGAGCAAAAGAUGAUGGAAUGGCCGUGACAACAUGAAAAAGAAAAAGUGUGGGGGUCUAUUUUCAUCCAGCCAGUGAUUCAACACGACUGACCUGGGGGACAGAGAAGGGGAAGAGAAGGUAGAGAGCGGCCUGUCGCCCUCCGGCCCCCACCAUGGAGCCCCCUCCCUCUCUGAGCUUGACUCUCCUGGGAGGCAGUGAGGACGAGGACCCGCGGUUCCCCCUCCCUCUGAGUGGAAUCUCCCACUCCUCCAUGACCGGCAACUACCCGGGAUCAAACCACUCCAACCACAGGGGGGGAUCCAGUCUGGACCGGCUGAAUGGGUCCCCCACUACACCUAACAUGCCCAAGGCCUCACUCCCCAAACUGCCUCUGUCCUCAGUGGGGGGUCAACCCCUGCCCCCCCUCCCCAAUGCCCUUCACCCCACCAGCACCCCUCUGUCCUCGUGCCUGGGUUCCCAGCACAGCCUGAGUGGAGACAACUCCCCAGUCUACAACGCCCUCUUUUACUCCUCACACUCCCCUUCCAUGGAGAGAGAGAGGGACAGGGAUAGAGAGAGGGACAGGGAUAGAGAGAGGGGAUGUAAGCACCGCCAGGCCAGCCCGCUGGUCCAUCGGAGAGACAGCAACCCUUUCACAGAGAUCGCCAUGAGCUCCUGUAAAUACACAGGCGGCGUGAUGAAACCUCUCAGUCGCCUCAGCGCCUCCAGACGCAACCUCAUCGAAUCAGACAGCGGCAGCGACACCAAAGAGGGCGGGGCAGCACCUGUUACCGCCACAACUGCCAUUGGAGGGCGGGACCGGGACAGAGAGGCUCCACCCACUUCCUCAUCCUUGCCAUCCUCCAAUCAACCAACCCAGAAUCCUCCAGAGAUAGUGAUCUCAUCAAAAGAGGACUCGCCGUACGCGAGGGGUUAUGAUAUCACCGACUCAUCCUCCAAUCAGAUGUCAAUAUACCAUCAGAACCACGCCUUGGUGGGGAGUAGGGGAGGUUUAAGCAGUGCAGGGGGCACAGGAGGGGGGAUAGGGGGGAGCAGUCAGGGAGGUGUAGGAGGUGUUGGGGCUGUAGGGCCGAGGGGGAGCUGCUCCAAGGCUUCUAGUUCUAAACGUAAGAACCAGAACAUUGGUUAUAAACUGGGCCACCGGAGGGCGCUGUUCGAAAAGAGGAAGAGGCUGAGCGACUACGCACUCAUCUUUGGAAUGUUUGGCAUCGUCGUCAUGGUGAUCGAGACAGAGCUGUCCUGGGGCGUUUACAACAAGAGCUCCAUGUACUCUCUGGCCUUGAAGUGUCUGAUCAGCCUGUCUACAGUCAUACUGCUGGGCCUCAUCAUAGCCUAUCAUGCACGAGAAGUCCAGCUCUUCGUCAUCGACAACGGAGCGGACGACUGGCGCAUCGCCAUGACGUUGAAUCGGGUGUUGCUGAUAUCGUUGGAGCUACUGGUGUCGGCGGUGCAUCCGGUGCCCGGGGACUUUAAGUUCCAGUGGCGGGCACGUCUGGCGUUCUCUUACGCCCCGUCCCAGGCUGAGGCUGACCUGGACAUGGUGCUGAGUGUUCCCAUGUUCCUCCGCCUCUACCUCAUCGCCCGCGUCAUGCUGCUGCACAGCAAACUGUUCACUGAUGCCUCCUCGCGGAGCAUAGGGGCCCUCAAUAAGGUGCACUUUAACACAAGGUUUGUGAUGAAGACUCUGAUGACCAUCUGUCCAGGCACUGUUCUCCUGGUCUUUAGCAUCUCACUGUGGAUCAUCGCUGCCUGGACCGUACGAGUGUGUGAGAGGUAUCAUGAUGCCCAGGAUGUGACCAGUAACUUCCUGGGGGCGAUGUGGCUCAUCUCUAUCACCUUCCUGUCUAUUGGCUACGGAGACAUGGUGCCUCACACGUACUGUGGCAAAGGAGUCUGUUUACUAACCGGCAUCAUGGGUGCGGGCUGUACAGCUCUGGUGGUUGCCGUGGUAGCAAGGAAGCUGGAGUUGACCAAGGCGGAGAAACACGUCCACAACUUCAUGAUGGACACACAACUCACCAAGAGGAUAAAAAAUGCUGCGGCCAACGUUCUGAGGGAGACUUGGCUCAUCUACAAACACACCAAACUACAGAAGAAGAUUGACCACUCCAGAGUCCGCAAACACCAGAGGAAGUUCCUGCAGGCCAUCCACCAACUGCGUAGUGUGAAGAUGGAGCAGAGGAAACUGAGUGAUCAGGCCAACACUCUGGUGGACCUCUCAAAGAUGCAAAGUGUGAUGUACGAGCUGAUGUCGGAGCUGAACGAUCGCAGUGAGGACCUGGAACGGCAGAUGCUGUCUCUGGAAACGCGGGUGGAACAGCUGACCGCCGGCUUCAGUGCCCUGCCUGCCCACCUGUCUGCCACGCUGUCUGCCCAGCACACCACCUUGCUCCACCUGCUCCGAGAGAGGGACUACAGAGGAUGGGGAGGUGCAGGUGCAGGUGGAGGAGGGACAGCCCUGGUCCCUGUUGCUCAGCUGGCCCCUGCCCAUGCCCUGACCCCAAGCCCAACCCUGGCCCCAGAGCCACAGCAGCCCCCAGAAGGAACCAUAGAGGGCAGCACUAGUCCCAAUACUAGCACCUCCAGUUGUUAAAGAGAGGAGGAGGAGAGGAUGGGAAGGGGAAAGAAGAGGUGAGGGUAGAGGAGGAGAUAGAGGGCCAGUAGGAAUACGGGAUGAGGAGGUCAGCCCCAAUACUAGCAACUUCAGAUGCUGCAG